CUUUGGUAGCAUAAAUGUCCGCGUCCAAAGUCCAUGCGUGCUAGUCAUGGAGAAGGACAACACGGGUGGUGCGUCAUCUUUGGCUUCUGCAUUGUCCACACUGUCCUCAGCUGCAGCACCACCGCAUUCUUCUUCUUCUGCGACACCGGUGAAGGUACAACAAUUCAGAUGGAAGGAUGAUGAAGGCAAGACCGUUUGCAAUGCAUGCGGCCUCUACUAUAAGCUUCACGGCUCUGCUUGUCCCAUUAGUAUGAAAUCCGAUAUUAUUUGGAAGCGCUCUCGACACAAUGCUUGUGUGCAGCGCUCCUCCCUCACCGAGCCCCCAAGCGCAUCUAACAUGCCUGGCACUCCUUCCGUUAUGGAGGAGACACUUUCAGAACAGGUUCUGGUGCGACAAGCACAGGUACUUCUUCGUCUUCACGGCGCAGCAGCAUGGACUCACUUCGAAAGCAGUUCACACAUCGAUGAAGACUCGACUGAUUCUUCUACUGACUCAGAUGAAGAUCUUGUGCAAGUACGUGCUGCCAUUGGGCCUGCUAGAGAUGGUGCGACUGUUCAGGAAGUCCGCCAGGUGCUUGAAGUCGCACAGAACCUGCUACUGAAUAUGCGUGGUAAAUGUCGAGAAUUACUGAAACGGAAUGCACUCCUCGAGGCUACUACAGCCAAAGGACAUCGGUGGAACCUGACCACCAAGGAUCUUGCACUCUCCGCCAAAGAAGAUACUAUACGGGCUCACGGGCACAAAUAUUAUAUGACACACUGUCUAUGGAUCAAUGCCGAAAUUUUUCCCUUGCGUGCGCCUCCUAACAUUGAACUCUUUGGCAGUGAGCGCUGGCUGUCGCCACAGUCAAUAGAGGAUGGCGUAAAGGCAGAGCUAUUCAAGUUCAUUCCAGAAAUUGAUCACGAGUUGAUGCAUCACAAGAACUUUGCACCGCAUUUUGCAAAGGGAGUUGGUGGCAUUCGCUUGGAGAUGGUGUCAGAUGUCAAAUCUUGCGCAGGCGCUAUUUUUGGGUUGAAUCCUGAAUUUUUUGUUCGAGGCUACCCUCGUGAUACCCAACCAGAAUGCCGUGUUGUGCUUGUGAAUCCCCAUGGUGAACACACAAAGUUUGCUCCCAUACUCUUUCUUCAUCCAGAGCAUCCCAACAAAGACGAAUUUCUCAAAACAGCAAAGCUUGUUCGGGUCUUAAAAGUGGCGCUCUUUGGGAAAUCCUCCCUUUCUGCCACCUAUGCUCCAGCUCCCAAGACUAAGGGCAAACUCUGGCAACUAUGGAAUACCACUCCAGGUAUGAUUGCUGCUGCUGCUGUUGUUGCAAUAUUUGUUCUCUCAGGCGACAAGGAUCUGUAUGCUAAGGGCAAAAAAAGCAACAUCAUGUACCACCAAUAUCACAACUACUAUCGGCAAUGCCUAAUGACUGGAGGCACCUGGGCGCGAGACAUCCUUAGCUUUUACAACAAUGCCCUCUUUCCGGAAACCUCAUCCUUGCAUGCCAAUCAAGACACGGCAGAUACAGACUUAGGCGCUUCCCAAAACAACUGGGAAGAAGAACUCAAGCGUGCCAUGGAAGAAGGAGGCCAUGGAGUAGCUUUUGCUUUUAAAUUUGAUCCCAUUGUUAUCGCUCAAUCUGCCUCCGUUGUGCCCCCACCAUCUGCCUCUGUUGCACGCCCACCAUCUGCCUCCAUUGCACGCCCACCAUCUGCCUCCGUUGCGCUACCAGUACAUGACCCUGACAUUGCCGCCACUGGAUUGCCACGCAUGUCUGUGACCGCUCCCAUUACUUUACCCGCUCCUAUCAUUGCAGCGCCAUCCAAUUCUAUUUCUUCAGCAAUGCAGGACCUUACUUUGACAGAUGGUUCUCGCACUGUAGAACCUAAUGUGGUUGGACCUAUCCCCCCAAAGCCCAAACCAAAGCCAAGGCGCAAAGCUAAAGCAGAUGAGCUAGGUACCGAGGUUCGCAGGUCUGGCCGCAAGAAGUGA